AUGAAUAAAAUAAUUCUCAUUGCAAUAUUAUUAUCAAUUGCCAUCUCUGGAGCUUUUUGUUCACUUACCCAAUGUAGACAAGAUUGCCAAGAUACUUAUGAUUAUUGUGUUACCAAUUAUAACACUCCGCUCCCACCAAUCGAAACUUGUGCAUUGACAUUGGGUACAUGUUUAGUAAACUGUAUCUACCCUUAUCAAACUGGUACCCCAUCUCCAUAA